CAUGCCCACCCUUUCUCACCAUCUUCAUCCUUGCCAUCCUCAUCCUCGCCCUCCUUCAGGACCAAGUCCUAAGUAGGUCAAGAAGGUUUUUUCCCCCGUGCAAACCAACCCGAGGGGCAAAACCUGCCUCCAGCAUCACUGUGGGUCAUGUACCCCCCAAAAAUGAACCCAUUAUCCCCACUUGCUAUAACUUUGCCCCCAGAAAAACCCUCCACGCCGAAGGCAAGGCUCAUCACAUCUUGGCUCGCAUCCUCUGCAUGUGAUGUUGUGUUCCACGAAACUCCAAAGCGAGCUGCCGUCUCCUUUAAGUGUUAGGAGGGAGUUGGAGGCUGCGAAAUAAAAUUGGAGGAGGGAAAAUAAAAAAAAAAAAAAAAAAAAAAAAAAAAAAAAAAAAAAAGAGGAGAAAGGGAGGAAAAAAAAAAUAAGGCACCCCUCCUUCCCCCCCAAAAGCCUGGCAGGGGUGUCGGGCUGAUAGGCUCGCCCGGAGGAAAGCGCAUUACGUAGGCAAGCGGCUCCGCUCAACUUGCCACCUGCGCCGGGAGAGCUGCCGGGGAAGCGAGAUCCUGCCGGAGCCCCUCGCCCGCCGCUGGCCGCCCACCCGCCCUCCGCCAUGGACUGCUGCAAUGAGGGAGCCUGCACAAAGCUGGACGAGGACAUCCUGGACAUCCCUUUGGACGAUCCUGAUGCCAACGCGGCAGCUGCCAAGAUCCAGGCCAGUUUCCGUGGCCAUAUGACCCGCAAGAAGAUCAAAGGGGGUGAGAUUGAUCGGAAAACCAAGGACGCCGAGUGCGCCAACAGCACCCGCGGCGGCGACCUCCGCAACGGCGACUAGGGGCCACCAGCUGCUCACCGGAACCCCCUCGCCACCGAACCCCUCCCGCCGCCGCCCGUCGAGGCCCAGGAGCCCCCGCUUCACCCCCUGCCCCCCGCAUGCGUCCCCCGGGGUGCCCCCACAGCCAGGACCUGCCCCUGUCCCUGGCUGCCCCCCCCCACCCCAGACACCCCCCGCCCCAAUA